CAUCCAGUACUCUGGCAAGGCUUACUUAAAACCUCUCGUCUUCGCUCUUCAUCUCUCUUCAUCCUUUUCGCCCCCAAUCCUUUCUCCCCCCAUCAAUUGUUCCAACAUGUCUAACUACGCGCUCCCCAAGUCCCACCAGGACCUCAUGGAGAAGUCCCUGGUGGACACUGACCAGGAGGUUGCUCAGAUCAUGGAACGCGAGAUCCAGCGUCAGCGCGAGUCCAUCCUCCUCAUUGCCUCCGAGAAUGUCACAUCCCGCGCCGUCUUCGAUGCGCUUGGUUCGCCUAUGUCGAACAAGUACUCGGAGGGCUACCCCGGUGCCCGCUACUACGGCGGCAACGAGCACAUCGACGCCAUCGAGCUGCUCUGCCAGAAGCGCGCCCUCGAGGCGUUCGGCCUUGACAGCGAGAAGUGGGGCGUCAACGUCCAGUGCUUGUCCGGCUCCCCUGCCAACCUCCAGGUCUACCAGGCCAUCAUGAGGCCUCACGAGAGGCUCAUGGGUCUUGACCUGCCCCACGGCGGUCACUUGUCCCACGGCUACCAGACCCCCCAGAGGAAGAUCUCUGCCGUUUCCACAUACUUCGAGACCUUCCCCUACCGCGUCAACCUCGACACUGGCCUCAUCGACUACGACCAGCUCGAGCAGAACGCCCUGAUGUACCGCCCCAAGGUCCUGGUUGCCGGUACCUCGGCCUACUGCCGUGAGAUUGAUUACGCUCGCAUGCGCCAGAUUGCCGACAAGGUUGGCUGCUACCUCAUGAUGGAUAUGGCCCAUAUCUCUGGUCUCGUCGCUGCUGGUGUCAACAAGUCGCCCUUCCCCUACUGCGACAUCGUUACCACGACCACCCACAAGUCGCUCCGUGGUCCCCGUGGUGCCAUGAUCUUCUUCCGCAAGGGCGUCCGCAGCACCGACGCGAAGAGCGGCAAGCAGACCCUCUACGAUCUUGAGGGCCCCAUCAACUUCUCUGUCUUCCCCGGUCACCAGGGUGGACCCCACAACCACACCAUCACCGCGCUCGCCGUUGCCCUCAAGCAGGCUCAGACCGAGGACUUCAAGCUGUACCAGCAGCAGGUCGUCAAGAACGCCAAGCAGCUCGAGAACACCUUCACCGAGCUCGGCUUCAAGCUCGUCACUGACGGUACCGACAACCACAUGGUCUUGAUCGACCUUAAGCAGUGGGCCCUUGACGGUGCUCGUGUCGAGGCCGUUCUCGAGCAGGUCAACAUUGCCUGCAACAAGAACACCACUCCUGGUGACAAGUCUGCUCUUACCCCCAUGGGUAUCCGCAUUGGUGCCCCUGCCAUGACCUCGCGUGGUCUCGGCGAGAAGGACUUUGAGAAGAUUGCUCACUACAUUGACACUGUCAUCAAGCUGUGCAAGAAGAUCCAGUCCGAGCUCCCCAAGGAGGCCAACAAGCUCAAGGACUUCAAGGCCAAGGUCACCUCUGGCGAGGUUGAGGAGAUCGCGAGCCUCAAGAAGGAGAUCGCUGCCUGGGCCGUCACCUUCCCUCUCCCCAUCUAAGUCUCCGACGUGCAGACUUGGUAAUGUGUGUUCUUGCAUGGCGUACGACGGCGUUUUCAACAAAAAGGAUGCGCAUCGGUUGAUUGAAUAUUCAACAUCUCGCGCAAUUUGUGUUCAUGAUAGGAUGACGGUGUGAUACUCCCUGUUUAUGUAGAAUGAAGCCGACACGGCAUGAUCGGUGCUUAACCAGCGAUCAGACGAAUGAAAACUAUUGACAUAA